AGUAACGCCUCUCCUUCAACGUUCGGCCAUGAAUUGCUCUCCAAAUCAAGUCAACAACGGCUCCUUGUUCUCUCUCUUCACUCAAAACGCUCCAACGGAAAAAAAUUCCUCCCGUCUAUAAAUUGGACAAGGAAUAGCAGCAGAGGCGGAGGGGGAACGAACCAGAGAGCUCCAUUCUUCAAUUUCUUCAUCUUCUUCUUCUAUAGGUACCCAAAUAAAUUGGCUUCCGGACUUAAUCCGGAAGUCAACCCUUUAAAUUUUCAAUUCUUUUGUUGUUUCUAUGUUCAAGUGUUGUUUUUUUUCCAAUUUAUCACUUUUUUUUGUUACUUGUUCAUGCAAUAGAAUCUGAAAAAAAUAUAACGGUUGGUGUUCUUUUGGGUUUGGAAAAACCCCUUAAACUUAAUUCUGGAUUUAUCAAUUUACUUCCUAAGUUUCAUGGUCUUCCUGGAGAGGAUCCUUUUAGGCACAUAUCUGAAUUUAUGAUCACUUGUGGUGCAAUGGUGCCUGAAGGAGUCUCUCCAGACCAAAUCAGACUUAGAGCUUUUCCUUUUUCCCUUUCCGAUAAGGCCAAAGAUUGGCUUUACUAUAUGCCAGCUGGAUCUUUCACCACGUGGAACGACCUUCAUAAAGCUUUUCUUGAGAAAUUUUUUCCGGCAUCUAGGGUUGGGUCGAUUAGGAAAGAGAUUUGUGGGGUUAAACAAUUGAAUGGGGAGAACUUUUCUGAAUAUUGGGAGCGUUUUAAUAAGCUUGUUUGUUCUUGUCCUCAACAUCAAAUAACCGAGCAGUUGUUAAUCCAAUAUUUUUAUGAAGGACUUUUGCCUACCGAGAGGGGCAUUGUUGAUGCUGCUAGCGGUGGUGCAUUAGUGAACAAAACCCCUGCUCAAGCGAGGGAGCUUUUUAAUACCAUUGCCCAAAAUACCCAACAAUUUGGAACUCGUGACAAUGUAGUGAGGCCGGUUAGCGAGAUAGGGAAUUCAUCUUCUCUAGAAUAUAAGCUUUCUGCCUUAACUGAUGCUAUUUCUAAACUUGUUGUGGGUAAUAUAGGGGGUAGUAAGGGUAAACCUUGUGGAGUGUGUUGCUUGGAAGGUCAUCCCACUGAUGCGUGUCCAACACUCCAAAAUCCUGAAGUCAAUGCUUUGUUUUUCAAUAAUAACAACCAAAAGAAGUAUGAUCCUUUUUCUAACACUUAUAACGAGGGUUGGAGAGAUCAUCCAAAUCUGCGUUAUGGUCCUCCGAGGGGUAAUAAUCUGAAUUUUUCUAAUAAUCCACCUCCCCAGCAAGAUAGGGCAACCCAGAUGUUAGAACAAGUGCUUAAAAAGAUGGAUGAUAAAUUUACUUCGGUUGACAUAAGCCUUAAGCAACUUCAAGAAAGACAAACAGCCUCUGAAACUUUGAUUAGUAAUAUGCAAGCUCAAAUGAACAAUAGGCUGCCAUCUCAACCCUUUCCCAACCCUAAAGAGAACCUUAAUGCUAUAGAGUUGAGGAAUAAAAAAGUGCUCAAAGAACCUAAAAGCAUUAGGGAAGAGGAAAAAGAGUUAGAAGUUGAACGUAGAAGUCCAAAACAGUCCUUAGAACCUGAAAUUCAGCCUCUGGACUCUGAAGACCAACCUUUAGAACCUGCAACCAGCAUCUUAGAUGAAGACAAUGAGGCUGAAAAAUCUGAGGAAAAAGGAGAAACUGACCUUAGUGAUAGAAAUCCAGCCCUACCACACCUUAAGGCACCCUUCCCUAGCAAAUUCCUUCAACUUAGAAAGCCUAAAGAAAUUGAUCUUGCACUUCUUGAUACUUUUAAGAAGGUAGAGAUUAAUUUACCUCUCUUAGAAGCUAUUAAGCAAGUCCCUAAAUAUGCUAAGUUCCUAAAGGAGCUUUGCACCAACAAGAAUAGGCUAACGGGGAAUGAACGGGUAAGAAUGGGUGAAAAUGUCUCUGCAGUUUUUCAAAAGAAAAUUCCUCCUAAAUGUAAGGAUCCUGGUGUUUUUACCAUUCCUUGUCUUAUUGGUGAUUUGCACUUUGAUAGGGCCAUGUUGGACUUAGGGUCUUCUAUUAAUGUAAUGCCAAAAGACGUUUUUGAUAAGCUUAAUAUUGGGGAACUGAAACCGACAGGGGUAGUGAUUCAAUUAGCCGAUAGGAGUUAUACUUACCCCGAGGGUCUUCUUGAAGAUAUCUUGGUGAAAGUCAAUGACUUAGUUUUUCCCGCUGAUUUUUAUGUGUUGAGCAUGGGUUCUAAUACCUCUGACAUACCCAUUCUUCUUGGUAGACCUUUUAUGAAAACUGCUAGAGCUAAGUUUGAUGUUUAUGAUGGGGUUUUGUCGCUGGAAUUUGAUGGUGAAAAGAUUGAAUUUAACUUAUCUUCUGCGAUGAAAAGUCCCAUUGAAAAUAAUCAGCUUUGUUCUAUGGAUGUGAUUGAUGAUUGUGCUCAAGCUGUUUUUAACUUGUCUAGUGAUGAUGUGUUUGAUUCUGUGUUGUGUAAUAGUUUGGACAGGGUAGAACUUGAAUGCUUAGAGUACAGCCUUGCUGAGUUUGAAGAGCUAGAAAACCUUAGCCAACCUGUGUUUAGGGCUGAGUUACUUGAGAACAGACCUAAGCUAGCUCCAUCCUUAGUCUCUCCACCUAAACUUGAGCUUAAAGACCUGCCCGACGACCUUAAGUAUGCAUUUCUAGGUCCAGAUCAGACCCUACCAGUGAUUAUUUCCAGUGCUUUGACCAAAAAUCAGGAAGAAAACCUCCUAAGAGUCCUGCGAGAGAAUAGCCAAGCAAUUGAUAGGGCAUGUAAACUUAAUCAAGUUGCUGAUCACCUUAGUCGUUUAGAAGGACCACCGUCCAAUCCUAGUCAUUUCACAGGAUCCUUUCCAGAUGAGAGUCUGUUGGCACUUUCUACCAUCUCUUGGAGUACUCAGAACACUGCUGCAUUUACUGGAUUUAAUGGUCUAUUUUUGCUUCAUGUAUGCUUCUAACUAUUUAUUUGAGUGUAUAUUCAAGAUCUAUUAAGUCAGAAGCAUGCCCUUUGGAGCAUAAAUCUGUACAAACAGGUUUGAAAUCUGAUCCAAAAAAUCUGAUCCAAAUCAGUAGUUCCAGCUGUCCCAGGUUUAAGCUUCAGUUUGCUUAUCCUUUUUGUGUUCAAAGUUUGGUUUCUGAUAUUACAGUUUGCACAAUGAGAAUCUGCACUAUUAAGUCAUAAUUUUGCUUGCAAAAGUGAAUAACCUACCCAUUCAAAUCUGAUUUUUGAGCUUCAAUGGUAAAAAAUCUGCUUUUUUAUUAAUGUGCAAAAUUCUGAUCCAGAUCAGCAGUCUCAAGUACCCAAUGGUUUCUCUGUUGUAAAAUUUCAUUUUCCUUAAGGUUUGGGUGCUAUUGUAUGGACAUAUUUAAGCUGAAAAUUGAGACAUGUGCAUUGUUUAUCGCUGAUUUUUGGAUACUAAGGAAAAAUUCUGCACUUUGAAAAGUUAUUUUUGGACUUGUAAGCUGAUUUUUUGAGUGCAAAAAUGCAAAUUUUACACUUUUUAAAGCUUAUGUGUGCUGAAAUAGAAAAAAAAAUCUGCAAUCUUUUCUUGGUGUUCAAUCUGAUUUUUGAGUUCAUCAGAUGCAUAUGUGCUGAAUUAGGAGGUUUAAUAGAUGCAUAUGAGCUGCUUUGCACAUGCAUGACAUAACUAACCUUCUCAUAUACAGUAUUCUGUUUCGAAAAGGCACAAGAAUCUGUGUUUUCAGGAACCUGACUUGAGGCUUGAAAUCUGCAUUUCUUUGAAUCUGAUUUUUAGUUCGUCAAUACUAAAAGACUUGGUCUUAGUCAUGUUUUUGCAGAUCUUAGUUCCAUCGAGCACUUUAAGGAGGGAAAAGUGAUGAGUUGAUGCUGCGUAUACUUUGUUUUUUAGUUGCAUUCCCCUCUCCCCUUCUCUCUUUACUAAGUCCGUGCUUGCUUAAUAUUUGCAUACCAUAUAGAUGCAUUGGGGACUAUGCAUAUUUUAAGUGUGGGGGGAGUUGCUCAUGCUUGUGUCAUUGCUUAAAAACACUUUUGGGGCAAAAAUUUUUCAAAAAAAAAAAAAAAAGGUUUUGGGUCCAAAUAUUUUCAUUCUUAGUUGCAUAUCUUCUUAUUUAGAGCAUUGUUUUCAAAAUUGACCCAAAAACCUCAUUGUUUUUCUUGGGGCUUUAUUCUGAAAGAUAGCAAGUGUAUACUUUUUAAACCCACAUUGAGUCUUAUGCUCUUUUCUUGGUAAAAAUGGCCCUUAAAAUGUUUGAAAUCCUUCUAGGUUACCUUAGAUUUUUGUUUUCUAGAACUGGCCAUCCACAUAUUAUCUAGAUGCUGCCUAAUCAACCAUUACUUGAUAUUAAAAAAAAAACAGAGAGAAACCAGUUUUAGGAGCCUUUUAUUUUUAGAAAAUUGAGUGAUUUUUAUAUUUUUAGGCUUAUUGAUGAACCUUGCUACCGCUACUAUUGAGCCGUUCUAAACCAUAGGAUUCCGCUAGGAAACUUUUUUGUAGCAGCUUUAGAGCAUUUGUUAGAACCCAAAAAAAAUCCACACCUUAGUUUUCCAUCCUUUUAGGAUUUCUAGCUCACUUUGUUUUUAAAAUAUGAAUGAGCAUAAAGUCUUAAGUGUGGGGGUUGGGUUUAAAGUUCACUUUGUUUCUUCUUGAUGAUGAUAAAAAGAAAUAAUAUAUUCCUUUUGGCCCUUGAACGAGGACGUUCAACUCUUAAGUGUGGGGGUAUUUGAUAACUCGGGUUUGGGGUAAUA